AUGGUCGUUGGUGAAAGCAGAACAGAGCUCCUUAAUUGGCUUAAUGCCACCCUCAACCUCAAUUACGCCAAGGUCGAACAGUGUGGGACCGGUGCAGCCUACUGCCAGUUGAUGGAUAGCAUAUACGGUGGAGUACCCAUGAGCAAAGUCAAGUUUGAUACUAACUUGAGUGAAUACGACUCAAGGGCGAAUAUGAAGGUGCUCCAGGCUGCUUUCAAUAAGCAGCGGAUUCUGAAACAGAUCGAGGUGGAGAGACUCAUCAAGUGCAGACUCCAGGAUAACUUGGAGCUUCUACAGUGGUUCAAGAGACACUGGAUGGAGCAUAAGGAUGUGAAUGUUAUUUAUGAUGCUACUUCCAGGAGGAAGCUGGGCGGUGCCAGGACGCCUCUGGGACCAAAUUCCAGAAGAAACACCAUGUCUUCCAACCCUCCAAGCGCUGGCUCCAGCACAAGACCUAGCAGAAUCAGCUCAGGUAGUUAUAAUGGCGUCGCCGAAGGGCCUUCGAUUUCUGUCCCGAAAAGACGUGUUUCUAGCCAGGGAAGUGGCAGAGGUGUGGCAGAUGAGCGUGUAAACGAGCUAAUGGCCCAAUUGGAGCAGGCCAAGACCGAAAUCAGUGAUAGCAGAGUCAACGUCGAGACGCUAGAAACAGAGAGGAACUUCUACUUCAACAAACUACGGGAGAUCGAGAUCUUGACGCAAAAUAUCGAAACUGCUUUCGAUAAAGACGACGCCAGCUCCAAAGAAAUCCAGAAAAUGCCUAUCCAGGAAUUGGUCAAGCAAGUACAAGAAAUCCUAUGGCAAAAAGACACGGGGUUCGAAAGUAACACAGACGAAAUGGAUGCCGAGUUCUUCUAG